UGUUGUUUAAAUAUUGAAGCAAAUUUGAAAAAACUUCUAAAUUUUUUUAUUGCGUCUACAGAAGUGCUGAUAUCUAUUUUGUAACAGAGUUGAAUACAUCUCAUCUAAUUUUUUUUGUGAAUACCCAAAUUUAACCAAAGAAACACUUUUGGACCGCAUUUUUCGAUAACUAUCAAUGAGCUAAGGAAGCCUUAAAGUAAGCCAAAUUCUUCUUAAUUGAGGUAAAUACAAAAUAAAUUAAAAGCUUGGAUAUAUUUUGGACGAUAUUCGGAACGUGGAUUUUUGACCAGACAUCGAAGGAAGUAUUCAAAUUGUGUCACAUAAUUUCAUUUCAGCAAAAUGGUUUUUAUAAGAAAUUACCUACGUCAUCAUAUCAACCAUGCACUGCUCCAAAGAAAUCCGGAUAACAUGCUCAAUAUAAUAAUGUGUAUUCUAAUAACCAUAUGCAUUUGUGCCGUGGUUUAUGUCGUUAUGUUCUAUAACGAGAUCUGUGUGUCGUGGGAGGAAAUGAAAAUUAAACGUGCACUUAUGGAUGCUAUUGCUGCGGAAGGGGAAGAAAAGUGUCCCCCUGCGGAAACUCAUGCACAAAGAAUGGAAAGAGAACGCCGAGAAAUUUUUAAAGAAAUUUUGUCGGAAGUUGCACCUACUUUAGCGAAAAAUUCAGAUGAUGAGAGUUCAGCUGAAGAAACUGCUGUGGUAACUGAGGAGCGGCCAACCGCUGUUACUCGGCGCAGUUACAUUGAGACUACUGACACUAAUGAAAAUGUAACUUUUCAAUGUAUCGUUGAUCAGGCUAUUGUAGAAAAUCAAAACAAGCUUUAUCAAUAUGUUACUUAUCAGGCUCUAACUACUACAGAUACUGGAAAAGACGAAGUGAUUGCCGAUCCAACCACUAAUAAUGAAGUUGUUGUGGAAAAUGAGAAUGAGUUCCAUCAAUGUAUUGAUAAUCAGGCUGUAACAAAUACAGAUACUGGAAAUGCUGAAGUGAUUGAAACUGUUGUUGAAAAUGAAAAUGAGCUCAAUCAAUGUGUUGAUGAUCAGGCUGUAACAGCUAUAGAUACUGGAAGUGGCGAAAUGAUUGGCGAGCCAGCCACCAAUAAUAUAAACAACACAGCAAGUGAUUCUAUUGAGAAUUCCUAUGAAACCUGUUUAGAGGAUUCUUCCAAAAACUCGGCAUUCAAAACAACUUCAAUGGAGGAAAUCGAGGAAUUGCGUAGGGAGAUGGAAAAGGUUGAUUAAGAAACUGGAGUCCACAUGCCCUCGGAUAAAGUAACCAGUUCAGAGAUAUGAUACACUUAAUAUAUCCGUAUGAUAAACACAAUAAAAAACAAGAUGACUCUCAAAUUAAAAAGUACAUGAAAGCAUUUAUAUACAGUAAACUCAAUUUUAUACAAUAAAAACAAAAUUAAAAACAGUAAAACUAUUGGAU